AUGAUGGCAUCUACUGUUACUGAUAUCAUUGCUAAUAAAACACGUAAUGAAGAAUUUAAAAUCUGGAAAAAAUCUAUUCCAUCAUUAUACAAACAUAUAUCAACCUAUAAACCUAAAUUUCAAAAUUCUUCGAGUUUGGGUAACAAUCAAUCAAUUUCUGUUACAGGUUUAACUACGACUUUGUCCACCAAUCAAAAUGCUAAUAACAAAAUAGUGUUUGGUAACAAGGUUAUCCCAGAUCAGAGUAAUGGUACCUUGACAACAACAAUUUAUCAAACCCAAAAUAGUGAUAUCUAUGAAAUUGAUACUAUAUUACCUCUAGGGGUCUAUAAUAUUGAUCAAUCUACGGAUAUCCGAUCUUUAAAUGAUACCCAGUACGAGGACGUUACUUUGAAGAGAAUGGCUAAUACUCCAAUAAAACCCAAAUGGUCUUUCCAAGGUGAAAAUAUUACAAAAUUAAUAUUAAAUGUAAAUAAUAAUAAUAAUAAUAAUAACCCUUCAAAUGACGAUAGUGGUAUAAUUGCUAUGGCAGAAACUGGUUCAUUGGCUUGGUUUAAAAAUGAUAUUAAAAUUCCAGUACAUACAUUACAAGAUGCUAUGGGCUCAAGUACAAAUUAUUCUACUAUACAAUCAGCCACUAGCAAUAUUUCCAAUGAUUUCGAUCUUUCUGUUGAUGGAUUAAAACUAAUAGCAUCACAAUGCAACAAAGUUGUGGAAGAAUCAAGAUCUUGUGUUUUGAAAUUCGUCGAUAAUGGUGAAAAAGUAGGUGAAAUAAUUAACAGUUUCAGCAUCAAAGAUGUCGGGAAAAUAUAUUCAGUCAAUUACUUUAAUAAUACCUUAUUCUCAAGUAUAUCAGAAGAUAACAUAAUAAGAUUUUGGGAUACUAGAUCAAAUUCUGAAAAUCCAAUAUUUAUAUUUAAUAAUAAUACAAAUAAUAGUAAUAGCACGAAUAAUAACUCCAAUGAAAAUGAUCAAGGUCUGUUUCUAUCAAUGGAUCAUUCUUCAUUAAUUGAUAGUUUGUUCGCAUCAGGUUCAACUACUGGGGUUGUUAAUUUAUGGGAUAUUCGUGCAGUGUUUGGCAACUCUAACAUUAGUGCCAGAGCCUCUACUUCCAAUGAAUACGGAAAGAUACAGCCAGAACUAGCAACAAUUAAUCAAGCAGGCGACGACGAAGUUGUGGAUAUAAAGUUUUCCAAUACAUCCCCUACCGAUCUAAUAUCGAUCGGUAGCUCAGGCAAUGUUUAUCAUUGGAACAUGGAACCUUUUUUUUCCUCCCACUCUCAAGAUGAGUCAGAGGAUUCAUCCACUGAAUAUCAAACUUUACUAAGCGAUGAAUUGCAAAGAGAAUGUCUCAGCUUUCUACAUACCGGCGGUAAUAGAAGAAAGGCAAUGGCUAAGGGCCAGGCUACCCACGCAACCUCUAGCAUUUCCUAUAAAAACACAGUUGCUCUCCACCCACGUAUUAAUGGAUUAACAGGAACCGUGGACCCAGAUAAUCUUUUAACUGUUUACCUACCUUUUGCCGGCCGUGCUGCCGAGGAGGCAAUGGAUAAAGUGCAAUCAGCUUCCAUGUAA